GAAUUGGGGAAGAAACUGUUGAAACGGCGGCGAGUUCAGAAACGAGAGAAGAACAAGAAGAAACAUCGAAUCAUCGGCGCCAUCGUGGACCAGGGUCUCAUCACGGUCCAUCACCUGAAGAAGAGGAGGUCCAGCCCCAGAGCAAACAUCACCUUGUCUGGGAAGAAGAAGAGGAAACUUGUGAAGCAGCUGCAGCACCUGCAGAAGGAGAAGUCUGCCAUGGAAGCUGAAGCUACAGCAGAACCACAGAAGAAGAGCUCAUCAUCAUCAUCAGCUGCCAUGAUGAAGAAGAAGAAGAAGGCGGAGUCUGCAGACCCAGGUGACGUGGAGAUGGUUGAUGUGGAGUGAUCUCAGACCACCUUCGGUUCUGGACGAGUCCAAAACCCACCAGACCCCUGACAGGAAGUUCUACAGAGACCAACAGAGACCACAGAACCUGACUGGGUCAGAACACCUGGAGCUUCACAAUCCAUUAAACAGAAGAAACAUCA